AUUUUGGUGUUGAGAUUUUGAAACGUAGGUUAGAGUUAGACCUUCUGCAGUAAUUAUUAUUUUAGUGCGGAGUUGUUUGAUUGUUUUCGCCAGUUUUUAUUUUAUAUACUGUAAAAUCAAAACUCGGUUUAGUUAGAUUUUAGGAGAAAUAAUUAUUUAUUUUGUUUUUCCCGAGAAAUAAAAUGAAGAUGAGAAACUUGUAUGCUGAGGUUCUGAGCUCAUGUGUCGCACAACAAUAGUGUCAGAUAUGCUCUCGAAUGUCGAACCUUCCUGCUAUGAUGCCUGGGAUAUCUGAUAAACCCAAACCACCAUUACCACCAAAACCAGCAAUUCUGUCAAAUUCCCAUGUGGAAACUUCAUGUAGUUUAUCCACGGGUAAUUUUGUAAAUCUGUCUAUAUCAUCACAACAUGACCUGAAGUCGGUACCACUAGGAUCUGCAGGACAGGAUCCGGAUGAAGAAAACAUCAUAACACAAGGUUGCCACCCAUUUGAAGAGGAAGGAAGUAACAUUGAACAUAGAGAAACCUUUACAAGAAGGUUUGCAACAUCAGACACAGAUGCCAGCUCAGCACUUUCUCUUCCUGUUACAACUUCUGGACUGCAUGACUUGGAUGAUGAAGGUUCUAAUGAAAAACUAGCAUGUGAACCCAUUGAAGCAUCCUCUUUUCUGAUCAACUGUCUUAGCACAGCUCAAGGAAUGGUUACUAAUGAUGCUGAAGAUGUAGGUACUAACACUCAACAAGUAGAUUCAAGAAGACAUCAAGAAAAUCCUAAAACUCUUGAAUCACUAGAAAAACAAAAAGAGGAUUAUAAGAAAAUAGUUAAUCAUAUAAAGGAAAGUGCAAAUAAAGAUAUUGUGAAAAGAGCAGAAAGUUUAAGAGAGUCUUCUAGUAAUGCACUGAGUUUAUCCCAUGAAGUGCCUCACAGUAGAUUCUACCGUAGUCUUUCUGGUCGGCUUCCCAAAAGAACAGAAGAACCAGAGUCGGGUGAUGAAGUCUCUUUUGCAGGGCAUUCUUUUGUCUCACAAAAACAAGCUCUCAAGCUGAUGACUCUUCAUACAAAGAGUAAACUCCCACCUACAAAACCUCCUAAACCUUCACUCGAAGCUUUAGCAAAAGCAAAAGCAUCAAGAGAAGCACCGGAAGGGGAAGCAAGACUGCGAGGGAAUCAAACUCAAAAGCCUCGACCAAGAAGCUUUGGUGAAGACAUUCCUGUGAGUAAAGGAGUCAUUCAGUUCAUUGAUGACAGUGCAAGCGAGAUAUCAAGUGAUUAUCCAGAUGUUGAUUUAUAUCAGUUCAUUACAAUAAAGAAUCAAAAAAGCAAUGAAGCAGACUUGUCAGACAGUGGACUCUAUGAAGGUCCUAAUAUUUCUCACUCUAUCCAACAAGUUUCUUCUCCAGUUUCAAAAAACAUAACUUCAGAAGAAGAUAGAAAAUGUGAAAUUCAAACAGCUGUCUCACAAUCUUCAAGUGUUUUACCUUCAAGUAGCAGUAGCCUUAAAGAUAAAUUUCUCAAAUCAUGUGCAUCCUCCAAGUGCUUACAGACAGAAGGUUCUUUUUUAGAAGCAGAAAACAUAUCAACAAAUGACCAAGAUACAGUAAAAACAAAGUCUUUUGAAUCACACAAAAGUCAAGCAAGACCUGUUAAAGAAGUUAAAUCUCUAAAAGAGAUAGUUCAAGAAAAUCUUGAGGUAGAAUCUUCUUUAACAAAUGAAAAAGAAAUGUGCCCAGAAUCCAUUAGUAAGGGAACAGGAUUACCAAAAAUUCCUGUGCCUCCCCUUAGUCAGGGAUCUGGAUUAUCAACAAGACCUGUGCCUCCCCUCAGAGAGGGAUCUGGAUUACUAGUAAGACCUUUGCCUCUAGCUAGGUUAACCCAUGUGCCUAAAAUCAGAAAGGAGGAGCAGGCUGCACAACUUUCUUCUGAAGAAAAAGAUACAUUAGGCUCAGAUGUAAACUAUUCACACUUUAGUGGAGUUCAAGAUCACUUUCAUCAACAACAAAAGACAGAUAUUCACGAAAAAUUUCUCAUGUUAUCUGAAUUGAUUGAUACUGAAAAAACCAGUUUUGAUUUUGAAAAGAAAACCAAUGAAGUGAAAGUGGAUAAAUAUGCUGAAGAAACUCUAAUCACUGCAAAAUUUCAUGAUGAAACAAGACCAGUUGAGGAAGAAAGAAAACUUUUAAAUAUGAAAAAAUUGUUAUCUACUAAAAAGCCACCAGGAGAAAGACAAGUUGAAGAUGUGAAAAUUGAUGCAAAACCUAAUACUCUCCUUAAACCUUCAAAACCAGCUGUUCCACCACGUCCAAAAAAAUUUGGUCCAGGUCAUUAUGCUUCUCCUCAAGAUCCACCUCACCCUGAAACCAAAGCUAUGGCUCAGCUACAGAAACCAGCAAGACCUAGGAGCCCAAGUCAGAUGGCAACUUCACCUCAUCUUGUGGAUUCUGUAAUUCAGCUACCAAAACCAACAAGACCUGACAGCCCAAGUCAGAAAGUAAUUAACAAAACUAAACCAGUGCAUAAAGUAGCAAGACCAACUAGCCCUAUAAAUAGUCCUGCUAAUAAAACAAGGAGACCGACAAGCCCCGUAAAUAAAUUGAGGUCAACUAGCCCUUACUCUAAGAAAUCGGGACUUAUUAGCUCUUCACAUAAAGCAAACAGGACACCAAGUCUGGUAAACAAGAAAGAGAAUGAACAACUAGCUUCUCCGACCUCCAAGAGCCAUAAACCUGUACAGCCUCAUCAUCCUAUUGGAGCACCAUUUGGUUUAGAUAAACAUACCAUUGCUCAUUCUGAAGGGAAUAUUACUUCAGACAUAUUAGAAGUUAAAGACCAGUCAUCCAAGCUCAUAAAGUUUAGUGAGAAAAUGAAAAGCAAUACCUGUCACUUAACACAAAAACCUGAAGAAAUUGUUUCAGCAGUUUGUACAAUGAAUUUAUCUCCAAGAGUGCUUCACAGUGAACCCCUUUUAAGGAACCAAAAAUCUGUCACUUUUGUUGAUGAAAAUUCUUCAAGUGAAGUGGGGGGCAACUUUGAGAAAGGUGUUAAAUGGAGAACAUAUAGAACUGCAAGUGGAAGAGAAAAAAAGAGACCUCAUACGGUGGUUUUGCCCGUUUUAAAAAAUCCUUACUUACAAAAUUUCCAAAUAAUUCCGUCCUCAGUUUCAAAGCCUUCUUCACUUCCUCAUUCAUCAUCAGAAAAUAAAACACUACCUGAACAUCCACCUCCACCAAAGGUUAAAGGAAGAGAAGAUACAGCUAUUCGAAAUAUACCACAACAGAUUCAUGGUAUUUCUUUAUCAAAUGAACAUAAAUCUGUAUUAGAUGAUAGUAAAGUUUCUAAUGAUAAUGUAAAACUAGAAGUUAAAAACUCUAACCUCCUCAUCUGUGAAAUAGCGUCAAAUGGAGAUGAAGGAAUUUUUUCUGUAAUAGAUACAAAAAAAAUAAUCCAAGAAAAUUUACUUGGUGAAAAAACAGAAGAAGAAAAAUGCACUCUGGAGAAAGAGAACAAGAAAGUAGAAUAUGUCUUAUCACAUAGCUUCAACACUUGUUCUGAAGACAAAAUAAGCACUAAUACUGAGCUUUCUCAAUCUUCUAAACCUCAGAGACCUCUCCCUCCAGACUAUAAUUCUCUGAGAAAGAAAAUUAACUACUAUGAACAAAUUCAGAAUUCUCACAGAUAUAGAAUUCGUCCCUCCAUGGUAUUAGAGAAAACUCAUCUUAAGGCUUCUAAAACAGAAAUGCAACCUAGAUUUUCUCCAAGAGUGAAACGGCAGCGGUCAAGAACAGUAGAAAUUAUAAGUUCAAUCUGGAAAAGAGAUGAGAAAAAGAAUUGUCGUAGUAAAUCUUUAGAUGAAAAUGACAUCAUGAACAAGAGAACAGAUCAUGAGGUACUAUCUUCAUCAAGAACCCCAUUAGUUGUUUCUACUCAAAGUCAGAAUGAGUUACAGAGGACCAAGUGUAACUCUGCAAUAGGAACCAAUAAUAAGUUUCAUGGGUAUACAAAAAUGAAGUUUUCUCCACUUCCCAUACCUUCUCUUACCCCAACUGUUAAACCAAGAGGGUUUCUAUCAUCAGGUGAAGAUGAACAAUCCACUCACCUAACUUAUACUGGUUACAGUGACUCAUCAGAAGUGAAAGAAUUAAAAGUUAAAAUAGAAAGUACAGAAUUACUUAAUCAGAGUAUUGAAAAUCAUAAAGACUUAGUUACAUCUGGGGAAUUUAAAGAACUACCUCAUACUGAACACAUUUUGGAAGAACAGCAGUUAGGAAAUAAAAACCAUAUAAAUCAUACUUUUUUAGAAGAUGGGAGAAAGCUUCAGGAUUCUCAAGUUGAUGAAAGUGCCAGAACUCCUUACACAACAAAAGAAAUGAUCAUUCAAAGUAAAACUGACAACAAACAUCAUUCUAAAGAAGUGGUAGCUGAUGUAGAAGGCAGUAAGGUUCAGAUAGCAAAUAGUGUGUUUUACAGUCAGGAAGUACCUACAGCUGAUGUGGAGCCAGUUCAGAGAAGGAAUUCAAAAUCAUUCAACCUAAAAUUAGAAGAAAACAGAAAAACAAAAUGGUAUGAUAAGAAUGACAUUUCAGAACAUGUAAAAGUUGUUAAAAGUGACUGGCAAAAGAAUUCUGAAGAACAUUUAGAUAAUAAACUGUCUUCUAGCUUAGACAACUCUCUGAAGUUAAAAGAAGGAAAUCAAAAGAAAGAACAUAGAACUUCACAAUUUUUCUGUGAUGUACCAGAAGACUUGUUAGGUUUACAAGAUGAAGCCAAGAAUGAUGGUGAACAUUGUCUUUCACCUGAUCGUACGGAAAAGUCAGUACAGACAGUGUCUGAAGGUGAAUAUCUCCUGCUGAAGAAAAAGACUGAGCAGAGUGAUUCAGAAAACAUAGAUGAGCUUGUUCAAGAUCUUAAAAAUGAAUUGAAAAAGAAAGGAUAUGAUGAAAAAGAAAAGGAAUGCCCAAGUCAGACGAAAAUCAGAUUUUCAUUUGAAAUUGUGAGCUCUGAACCAGAAACAGAGAAAAGGAGAGAGGAGCCUCUCCACAGUGACAAAUCUUCUGUCUUUGAAAUCAGUUGGCAAGAAGAUGAUUCUUCUGAGGACAGUGAUGAACUUUCAUCUGGUGUCACAACCGAAGAAGCUGCUGCACGGAAAAAGAAGAAAAGAGUUUUCUACAUAGCUCAGGAAAUCAUGACAUCUGAGAUGGUGUUUGUUGAUACUCUUAGACUACUGAAUGAGGACUUUAGAAGAGCUGUGGAAGAAGCAGAACAAGAACGAGGUACGUCUGUUAUUCCAGAAGAUGUACUGAAUCAACUGUUAAAAUACUUUCCUCAGCUUGAAAAUCUUAACAAGAAAUUGCUCAGAGAACUUCAGGAACGAAUAGAACAUUGGCCUGAAACUGGAAAAAUAUCAGAUAUUUUUGUUACCCUCGGGCCAUUUUUGAAGCUCUACUCUUCAUACUUCCGAGAUUUUAACUUGACGACGGCAUUGCUGGAUGAAUGUCGAAAGAAGUUUCCAGUGUUUGCAGAAGUGGUGAAAGAGUUUGAAACAAGCCCUCGCUGCAAGAAACUGUCCUUGAGUCAUUACAUGCUUAAACCUGUUCAACGCAUUCCACAGUACCGUCUUCUGCUUCAGGACUACUUGCACCAUCUGCCAGAGGACUCUUUAGAUUAUGAAGACACGGUUAUUGCUCUUGAGAUUGUGAGCCAAGUUGCUGAUCAUGCAAAUGAAACCAUGAAACAAGGGGACAAUAUAACCAAGUUGAUGUCUAUUCAAAACAGUAUAUAUGGUCAUCAUGAAGUUAUUCAGCCUGGAAGGGUGUUUAUAAAAGAGGGAGAACUCAUGAAACUUUCCAGAAAGAUAAUGCAGCCUCGAUGGUUUAUACUGUUCAAUGACAGUCUAUGGUGCAUGACACAAGUUCAGUAUAACCUGUAUCGAGUUCACCAUGAACUUCCCUUGACUGGAAUGAAGGUAUCAAUACCUAUUCAGCAGGACUACCAGAAUGAAUUCAGCAUAAUAAGUGUGACACGUUCUUUUAUUCUAGCUGCUUGCUCUCCAGAAGCAAGAGAUGAAUGGAUAAAUACAUUAAACAAAGCUAUUGAAGAAAAUGCUUGUAAACGUAGCACUUUUCUGAAUGUACGACUGCAUCAAAAGAAUGGAGAAGUAAUGCCACUUGAAGAUUCAUCGUUUGACCUUGGAAGGAGAGCACCAGUAUGGAUACCUGAUGCAAGAGUCACUAUGUGUCAGUUGUGUACUAGUGAGUUCACAGUCACCUUUCGUCGUCACCACUGCCGAGCCUGUGGGAAGGUUGUGUGCUCUGCUUGUUCAGUAAGUCGUGCACCACUUCAUUACCUCGGACUUAGACCUGCAAGGGUUUGUGAUUCGUGUUUCCAAAAACUUCAACAGGAAUUCUCUGAAGGUGGCCAAGCCGAGUGCCCAGUUACCAUGGAAACAGGUGACUCUGUAGGAGUUUUGGAGUCUGGAGAGACAGAAAUUGACACUCCACAGUCUGUAGCAGCACUGAAAGCUCAGUUUAAAGGCAACCCACGGCAUUUAGGAAAGAAAGUUAAGAGAAUUUUACCAAGUGUACUGAUAGAGGUUUGUGCCAAUGAUCAAGGGUCUUCCAUUAGUGGUUACCUGCAGAAGAGGUGUCGAAGAGGCUGGAAACGGUACUGGUUUGUCAUUAAAGACAAAGUUUUGUAUAGAUACAAAGCAAGUGAGGAUAUAGCUGCUUUGGCAAGUAUUCCUUUGUUGGGAUACUCUGUGGAUACAUUUACAGAGCCAACAGAUGGCGUUGACAGCAUUUUAUUGUUCCAACUGACUCACCCGGGUCAACCUCCAAUUAUGUUUCAUGCUGAUACCUCCAGCUCAGCAGAAAGAUGGGUAAGAGCAAUGAGGGAAUCAACUGUACUGGAGUGAAACAUUUGUGAUGCAUGUCUUUGUGCAUCUUGUAAUUUAUACAUUCUUCUGCAGCAAAAACAACUAUUUCUGAUGUUUUUGUUUCAAUAUUUUUUUAUUGACAUCCAGAAGUUUUAGAAAAUAAUUAUAUGGAAUUUCUGAAGUUGGAAAUCCCCUGCACUGAAGUGUAAUUCAUCGUAGAAUGUCUUCCAAAAUUUGAACACACACUCAGCUGAUGAGAGGAUUCUGUAGGUGUUGAAAUAGAUGAUAGAGAUAAUGCUCUGUGCCAUUGAUCCAUUAGGAAUAAUUUGACUUUUUUAUAUUUGUCAAUAAUUAUCUUACUUGUGCUAGAGCUUUACAACUGAUUGAAAAAGGCACAGAGUUAAAGUGAUCAAAGUUUUAUUUCAGCCUUUACAGAGGAGUCAACUGUUUAAGAAUAACUAAGAGUUUCAGAAAAAUUUGAUAAAUCACAAUGGAAAAAAACCUGUGAAAUCCUCAUGCUUUCAACAGAUGGACUUUAUCUUCUGUAGCAGCUGAAGAAGACAUAGACACCUGUCAAAAGUGCCAGGAUCUCAGAGGUUUUUUAGAAGUGAUUUAUAUUUAUCAUGUAGGUUUUCUUUCAUUUUAAGGACUUAAAAACUUUGAGUUGAAAAAUUGGAGUUUUACAGAAUGUACUCUGGUUUGAUUUUUUUAGAAUGAAGCAAAAUUAUUCUUUUACUGCUUUCUUUAGUGAUUAAUUUGAUUUUUAAGCUUUAUUGAAAAUGUUCUCAAAUGUUUAUUUAUUGUAUUCUGUUUUGUAAUUUUCCAUACAGAAAGGCUAAGUACAGCUUAGUGGUUAGCUUGUCAGACUGUAAGUCUGAGGGUCCACUGUUUGCCACAAAAAUAGAAUACAUAAAUGGUGCUCUGCACUUUGUGGCCAUGAGUGCAUCAUAAGAGUAACAGUCAAAUCUUUUUUUUUUUAUAUUAUUAUUAUUAGAAUAGCUCAAGAGUUAGUGUUGGGUGUUGUUGACUAGCUGCCUUACCUCCAGUGUAUCAGCUCAAAAGUAGGGACAGCUUGUGCAGAGAGCCCUUGUGUAGCUUCACACAAAUACCAAAACAAUCAAUUAAUCCAUCCAGAAAUAAAAGAUGUUCAUUUUUCAAAUUAUGCAUUAAUGGCAGAGUUGAAGAUUAAAAUAUAACCAUUCAUGGUAUCACACAAGUCAGUUCUUCUAAUGAAAUGAAUUUCUAACAUUUCUUGGUUACUAAACAGAAUUAAAAGGAAAAGUUAUAAGGUUUACUAAAUGUAUUUAUGCUGACAUACGAAACAGAAGAACGUUUUUGAGAAUAAACACGAUAUACCAAGUUUUAUGUAUUUUUUCGUUAAUUAGAUAAUGAAGUUUUCAGUUAUGCUGUAGAGAACCCUAUGUAGUUCAGGUUGCCGGUAUUGAUCCAGUUUUGGAUAAUAUUUUUAUGCUUCAUGCUGCCUACGUAAGAAAGUGGUUAUGACCACUUAUUACUUGCUACAUUUUUUUUUCAAGUUAGUUGGCUUUUUAAUUUUCAUGAGUGCAAUGAUUAAUUAUCAAAUGUAACUUGGAAAUAUUUUUGUAUUAUCUUUUUAAAAUUAGGUAAGACUAUUGAUUAUAUUUGUAUAUUACCCUCAGGACUUUUUUUUUAUUAGUUAAACUAAGUCUUAAUAUAUAUAUGUUGGGAAUUAUAAGAAAUAAUUAAUUUGAUGACUUAAUAGAAUCUUAUUAAUAUUAAAGAUAAAUUUGAUAUUUUUUGUGUUUAAAACAGGUUUAUAUUUAUAUAAAUAUGAUGAAUCUCACCCAUUUAAAAGUUGAAGAUGUUUGAUAAGUUAGAGGUUUAAUCCAUUCCUGACCUCAGUUAGGGGGCUGCUUUGUAUUUAAUUUUGUAGUUUGACCUAUAUAAUUUUAGGUGAACAACUGUGAUAUCUGAUGAUUAUACUUUACUUUGGAAAAACAUUAAUGAGGUUAUUUAAUAUAAGACUAGUGCAACAUGCAGUUAAUAUGGUGGUGCAUCUCAUAAAGUAACACAUGUAACAUCCAGGUACGAUGCAGUGUGAAAUCAGUGGUUAUUCUGUUUGGUUACAAUUCAUACUCAUUAUGUGGAUGUACAGUAUCAUAACACACCAGGUGUGAUGCAGUGUGAAAUCAGUGGUUAUUCUGUUUGGUUACAAUUCAUACUCAGUAUGUGGAUGUACAGUAUCAUAACACACCAGGUGUGAUGCAGUGUGAAAUCAGUGGUUAUUCUGUUUGGUUACAGUUCAUGCUCAGUAUGUAGAUAUACUGUAUCAUAAACACAUCAGGUGUGAUAGGUGUUACACAGUGUUAAAUCAGUGCUUAUUCCAAACAGUUAGAUAAUAUGUGGAUGAAAUGUUUUAAACUAAUUACAGUUCUUAGUUUACCAAGUUACAGACAAACUCAAGUCUUCAUAACAUGUUUUAGUUAGAGCUUAUGGAUAUUUUUAUAAAAUUUGCUAGCUUCAUUGUAUUAUAAAGAUAAAAAAAGGGCUUUAAAGUUUCAAUAUUAUAGUGCUAUUAUAUAUAUUUUUAAAUGAGAAAUAGAUUUAUUGGCUCAAGUGUUAAAUAAUUUAGAGGAAGUAUUAAUUUGUAAUAUGUACAUUUGAUGUUGUUAUGUAUGACUACUUUAAGAAACUCAAAAUAUAGGAUUAAAUUAUUUUCUCUUUCCCUUUUCACUGUUAGAAAUGCAACUAGAAAAAUAUAAAUGUAUGUUGAUUUUUAAGCUUUUUAGUGUAUUUUGUUUUCUAUUGCCAGUUACUUACUAAUUUAAUGUCUGUCUAAUAAAUACAAGAAUUGUCAUAUGAAAUAUAAUUGUUUAAAUAGUGAUUUAUUCUUCAGAUUUCAGAAAGUGAAACCUCAUUGUUUCUAGAAAGCCUAAGUAAAAAUGUCAUUACUCUUAAAGUUUUUAUUAUUUGUAACAGAGUAGUAUUAUGUAUCGCAUAGAUUCAAAAUAUGGCAUGUAGGGUUUCAAGGUAAGCCAAUUUUAAUUGUUUAUAUGUAAGAAUAGUGUAAUGCUUUGGUUGGAAUAAAAUGUGUAUACAAA